AUGUCCGAUCUCGAUCAGGAGUGGAAGCCGACUAAGAUUCGUCCUCAGUCGACCAUGGCGCAAGCUUUCUCCACAGCAUUGGACAGCGCAUUCAUGCUGGACUCAGAUGUCGACAAUCUUUCGCAAACCAUCGACCAGAAGAAGCAUAUGAUGAUGAUCCAGACCCGCGAGUUGGAAGAGCUGCAGAAUCGAAUCCGGGAGGCCGAGAGACUCCUUCAAGCCCGACAGAACAGGGAUGCCAACGCCUCGUCCCAACCCAGCCAGGGACAAGACCAGUCAGCUGCUUCCCUAGAAGGACCCAACAGCGAGCAGCAGCCUGAGCAAUCUGAACAAUCUGAGCAGCGAGGGAACAACUGA